AUGUUUGUUUCGCAGUAUGUUCUGUAUUAUCCUCCCAAUAAGAGAUAUGUUCCCCUUCGCCACGGCAUGGAAGGAAUGGAGCCUGAUGAGCUGGAGGGGCUAAGGAAGCGGAUGCGGGAAAUGGUGAAGCAAGACUAUGUGGCCUUGACAGAAAUUCAGGAAGGCAUGCAGCAGGGGACAGGAACUUGUGCAGUUGAGGAGGAGUUAGUCCUUGCUGACAACACUACAGAAGCACAGAGAGAUGAAGAUACUCCCAGAGGCAAAGACGCAUUUUUCCUUUACAGCAGUGAUGACGAAGAAGAAGAAACGGUCAUGCCGAUGUCUUUGCCAGUGCUGCCAGAGGAGUCUAGAGAACUGAAGCAUGCAACGCCCAAUGCGCAGGGAACAAGCAGGCCACGGCCUGGCAAAGGGCGCAACACACCGCAUCCGGGGAAGGGCAAAUCAAUACCCAAUUCAGAUAGAGUGCAUGUUGCUGGAUCAAAGAGCAAUCGCAUGCCAUACAAUCACAGCACACAUGUCGCUCGUGUGGAGUCAAGCAUAACCGCUCUUCCAAGGCGAUCUCGGGCAGAGGGAGGUAGGAAGCGACGACCGAAAAAGAGGUAG